AUGGUAAUAGAACAUCUCCGCACAUCAAACUUGACUCCAAUACAUCUUUUUCGUUACGUUUUUGGUGCUGAAUUGGUUGAGAUUCCGACGAGAGACAUAGUAAAAUAUGCUGCUCAAAAGGGACACAACAUACAAAUAAGUCAAGAUGACAUCUACAAAGACAUUGCUAUUUUGCUGUUAUCUGGAUAUUGUAAGUCUAUCUCCAGAAAUACUUUUGACAAAAUUCAUAGAUUCUUCCAUGUCAAUGAUAAUGACAGCAUUGAAAAAGAUGAUAAAGUAUAUAAGGUUCGGCCAUUAAUUUCACAUCUAAAUAAGAAAUUUCAAGACAUCAUCAUAGAGACUCUAGGGUCAAAUUUCUGCUUGGAUGAGGCCAUGGAGCCUUAUUACGGCUACCAUUUUAUGGAACAGUUUAUAAGAGGCAAGCCAAUUUGUUGUGGUUUCAAAUGUCAAAGAGAUCCCCAUAAGCUACUGGGACAUUCUGUAGUUGAAAAGCUCUGUGUGGGCUACAUCCCUCAGAACAGCACAGAGUACAUUGAUAAUUACUUUAACUUUUUCCCUACUUGCACCCAUGCCAGAUAUAAAGAAGGUCCUACUCAUGUGUUACCUGAUACAGGGAAUUCUGUCACACUUGAAAGAUUGAAUGACACUAGUCAAGUGACUCGGGGGACAAAUGAAUGGUCUUAUGCCAGAAUCAACUAA